AUGGACAAUCUACCUCCAUCUGGAUUCCAGUUUGCAGGUGAUGACUAUGGAGCAGUAGAUUUUCCAGGCUCUCUUCAGAGUGAUAUGCAAGCAGGGAUGAGUUUUGGUGGUGGGGGUCCAGUCUUCCCACAGAACCAGAGGGGCAGCACUUACGGUAUGUCACCAUUCCACAUGAACUAUUCACAGCAGGCAGGUAUGUCCUCGAUGUCCAGCUUGCCAUCGAGUUCAUUCAGAAGCCGUUUCUCAGAUUAUGCCUCGGAUCAGAAUCCACACCAUCCCAUGUCACUGCCCUCAUCCGCUUCUGGAAUGAUAUCCGAUCGACUGCCUAGUUUCAGCACAAUUGUCUCCAGUAGUGGAGGCAGCAGUGCUGAUCUCAGCAAGAGUAGUCAGGCCCUUUACUCCAGCAUAUCGGGCCAACAACAUGCAUUCCAGCCAUCUGGCACUCGUGGUCUUCAAGCUCAUUUUGAUUCAUCCUCAUACACAGAUCAAGUCUCGGUAAAGACUUACAGUAAGUCGCCUUCCAUUGGAUCUACCUCACCAGGGAUGAGCAGCAGCAAUUACAGCGGCAGCAUUCCCCACUCAUCAGUUCUACAGCAUGCAGCACACAAUGGCGGUGGCCAACAUUUAUCUGCAGUGUCAUCAAGGUCAUUCAAAGAAGAAGUCAUGAACCACCAACAGUACCUGGCCGCAGGUAUGCAUUCAGACCGUCAUGGAAGUUAUGGCCAUGGAGGCAUUUCUCAGCAUCCGGGCGAAUCCAUGACUCUUCCCAAAUUUAAACACAAACGUCACAUCGGGCCAUUUAAGUUUUUUAUUAUUGGUAAGACACAGAGGCCUCUGAUUUUUAAUAAAGGCACACAGACUAAUGAAGAGUCCAUAGGCGAAUUGAAAAUAAGGAUUCCGAAGUCUGAACUGCACAGACCUGAGUCUGAUAAUGAUUUCUCUGAUGAUGAUGACAACAGGAGGAGGCAACGACCAACGCACAAUGCUGGCAGCCACGGAACACCACGAGGAUCACCACGCAUUACAUUCCCUUAUGAUCCUUUGCCAUCGCAAGGAGGUGAGUUCCGUGACUACAAUAAAAAUUCUAAAGUGAAGACUGUAAUCUCACCCAGCUUUUUGGACUCUGCAGGCAAAGCUACAAUGACUACCUGUGUUUCCAACAAAGCAACAAUUGUCACUGUGGGCAUAGUGAGUAGACCAGCUGCUCUGGGGGGAGAACCAACAGUCAGCACAUACCAGAAGGGUAUCAUGGCUACAGGGAACAGUGCCCACAGUCCUAGGUUGCCUUACAGGCACCAGAACUCAAAGACCAGUGAGGAGAACAUUGAUAGCGGUGAAGAGCCGAACUCAGAACAUUUUGAGCAGCUGCUGGAGGAGAGGAAAGCCAAGGCCCGAGACUUGGAGCAGGAGAGGAUGGAGGUGAGCGUUCGCAUCGAUGACACCCAGUAUGUGCAAGUGGGCAGCGCCAAACGCUGGCAGUGUAAUGAAUGCGACAAGUCGUACACAACAAAGCACAACCUGGUGAUGCAUGUUCUGGACCACAGUGGAAUCAAACCCCACCUGUGUCUCAAAUGUGGCAAGUACUUCAAGCAGCUGAGCCACCUGAAUACCCACAUGCUGACUCAUGACAAAAUCAAGCCACACACUUGUAACCUGUGUGGGAAAGGGUUCACUCAAAUCAGCCACCUCAAGCGACAUGCAGCAGUUAGUGAGAAAAAUGGAUACUGCGCAAACCUGAGGUCAAAGCACUCAAUAGGCCCUUCCCUAUCGUCAUCGCAACUUGGAUCAGCUAUGCCAUUACUUGUUCCAAAUAAACGAUACCCAGAUCAGAACCGGAUCUUCGGCACUUCUGAGAAUUACGAAAUGGAGGACACAAAAGAAGUGGAUAAAAAUGAAGCUGAGGGCCGGCUGCUUUGUCGCUACUGUGAGCGCAGAUUCCGUUAUCCAAGCCAACUUAAAGAUCACAUGCAGUCGCACAAUGGCUAUAGGCCGUACAUGUGUACCGAGUGUGGCAUGGACUUUAUGAAGGAGCACCAUUUGAAAGCCCAUCAGUUUACCCACACUGGACUGAAGCCAUACACUUGUGACCUGUGUGGGAGGUCCUUCAAUCAGCGAGCCAACCUGCAGCGCCAUAAGCUGAUACAUGACACAACACGCACCUUCAAGUGUAACAUUUGUGACAAGAUGUUCACACAGCCCCAGACUCUCAAAGCUCAUCAAGUCGUCCAUGCUGAUCGCAAGCCUUUUGAGUGUAGUAUUUGUGGAAAGGAAUUUGGGCGCUAUCAUAACCUCCAAGGACAUAUGCAUAUGCAUACAAACUCAAAACCAUAUGUGUGUUUCUGUGGCAGUACAUUUACAUUAAAAGGAAAUCUGAACCGUCACAAGAAAGUCAAGCACGGCUUAAAUGAAACGACGGAUGUGAUGGAAGAAGAUGCAGUGAAUUUCUUGAGUUCCUUGUCAGAGAGGGUUAGGGAUGAUCACACCGCAGAUGGCGACACUGACAGCUUGAGCCCCGGUUCUGGAACCGAAGGUGCUGAUGGCAAAACUGGCAGAAAGGGGAGGAAGUCAAUUCCAAGGAAAAUACAUCUAGGAGAAGGAGAAGCUGUUUUCCAGCAGGAGGCGCUGCCAGCUCCAGGGAGUGAUGUAGACAGCAGAUUGCAGCCUCCGGCAGCAUCAAAACCAUUUGUGAUACAGAAUCCAGACACUGAUGACGAACUUGAUUAUGAGGAGGAAGAAGGAGAGAUUCCUCAUAUGAAGGAGAUUCAUGAAAAUGUUGCACCUGCAACCGGGGUAGUUAGUUUUCAGCCCUUGAAUGAUGGUCAGUCUGAGCCAGGCUCUCUUAAGAGAAUUAGGUUAGAAGAUCAGUUGGAUAUAGAUAAGCGACCUCGGCGGCAGCUCCAUCAACGCUCACCCAUUAUUCCAAUGAAUGAUGUCGAACAUUCAGAAACAGACGAUGAAAAUGUAGACAAUGACAAUACGGAUACAGACUGGAUGCCUGGUUCCCGGCGAAGAUCUCGGGGGAAGUCAGAUAAUGGAGACAAGAAAAUCUAG